GGCAGUGACGGCUGUCAGAGAUCCCCGGGGGUGCGGCAGUUGGGAGGUGAUACAGUGACAGUAAGAGACAAUAUCAUCGUAUUUAUUGACGAAACGCUAGACCCCUCCCACUUUAAUCGGAAAGGUGGGACUUAACGAUUGUAUGUCAAUAGUGAGUGCCGCCCUGCGCAUGCGCAAGCUAUCUUUGAAUCAUAAUUUGUUAAGAAUGAAAGGUACACAAUCGGUAUGAUGUGUUUGACCGACGAGAUUGGUCCUUCACACAAUAAAGUAGCUCUGAAGGGCUUGCAAAAACCCAAAGUGGAAGUCAGAAUUACGCGCUGACAUACGUUAUGUCCCUCAGUCCACGGCCGCACACAACACCGUUUUCAGUGACAGACAUUCUAAGUCCUAUCGAGGAGACUUACAAGAGGACAACUAUUGAGGCAAACAUCCCUCCGCUUACCCCUUACAGGAACCACACCCAACACCCAACCCAUCAGAUGGGCAGCAUGAGCGCUACCAACCCCUACCACACGGGAUAUGUGCCUCCUCUCUCCCAUCAUACACCCAGCUUCCCACCUCAGUACUGCAAUGCCCCGGACUUCGGAUACGGGGACCCCCGGACAACUACUGCUUCGUGGUACGGCAACAACAGGGAUGCCGGCUUCACACUAUCCAGACUCAUCAACGGCCCCAGCUCGUGCGCCAUGUCUCCGAUGUCAACUGGAAUGAACAUGAACCAUGUCAAUAUGUCGGCCCUCAGUGGGUUCGAACACUCCAAACCCCAAGGGAUUCAGUUUCCCAUCACACAGAGACGCAAGAGGCGCGUGCUCUUCUCUCAAGCUCAGGUAUAUGAACUAGAGAGGAGAUUUAAACAACAGAAAUACCUAUCUGCACCAGAACGUGAACACCUGGCCAGUAUGAUAAAUCUAACUCCUACACAAGUGAAAAUUUGGUUCCAGAACCACCGUUACAAGUGCAAACGUCAAAUUAAAGACAAAGACAAGCCUGACUCGCAGUCUCCUGCCAGCUCCCCCUCGGCGUCUUCUCAACAAUCCUCCCCCGGGCAACAGACCCAGAACUCUCACCCCACCCAGUCCUCACCUAGGCGGGUGGCAGUGCCCGUUUUAAUCAAGGACGGUAAGUCAUGUUCCACUUCCGGUGACUCACAAACCACAACGCACGCACAGCAAUCCUCACAGCAAAGUUCGAUGGGAACAUCUCGAGUUAGUGCUUCAUCUCAGGGAUCAACUUCCGGUGGACAUCAUUCAACAUCACAUCAUAGUUCAAGCUCCAAAUCCAUGCAGAACUCUCAUUCACUAAACACACCGCCUUUAUCGGCCCACUGUGGACCAAAUUCUCAUCCAACUCUCAAUGGAGGGAUUCAUCAAAACCUACACUAUCAACCUUCCGGUAUGACCGGAAGUAGUUUGGGUUCAUCUCCGUACAUUCUUAAUGGCAGGACAUGGUGAUGAAGCUCUUCGUGUCAUAUUGGAAGAACUUCUACAUUUUUAAUUUAGGAAACUUGACAACAAAUAAUGAUUAUUUGUGCUGUUUUACGAUUUUUCCUGGAUUUUGAUGAAAUUUUGUAAUCUAUUUGGUAUCCAUGGAUUUUUUCAAAUUAAAAUAUAUUUGUGAGAUAUUGGAAUUGUGUGUCCAUGGCAGCUGAUGGUGAACGGGAGCUCGUAAACCUGUGUUGUAAACGUGUAAAUCCAUCGGACCUAGCACAGUCCCUCUAAAUAAAUUUGCUUUUAGCCUAUAAAUUCCUGUCGAUCUCAAUAAACAUUUAUGACUGUUAUAAAUAUAUAUGGAUGUUUGUUAGCGAGUGUGUAAAACCUGGCCCAUUCUCAGGUCUUGUUGCAGCGGUCCGUGUAUUGACGAUGUGCACCUGUGGUAUGGCAAUCUCUGCUGGGACUCGGUUAACGACAACUAGAACAUAUAUUUUAACGACUUCAAUUUCGAACAGAUUUAAAUAUGUUUACAAAACGGACAUGUUUCCAUUUAAAACGAGAAUCGAACACGAAUAUUGCCGAUCUCACCGAGUCAGUCGCCAUUCCGUGUCAAACACCCUCGUUAAAGACACCAGACUCUUGCAUCAAUCCAGGUGUUCCAGCAAGGUUCAUAGAAUGACUUUGAAUCCUCAAUAUGUUUACGUAGUGUAUUUUUGUCAUGAUCUUAACUUAUGAAACGCAUUUUUCUGUUGAUGUCUUUGUGUAUAAUUGAGCGCCAUAUUCUGUAUGUUUCUACAACAUGUCUAAUUAAAUAUUGUAGCUAAACAAG